AAAAAAAUGUAUGAUUUUGUUCUGUGGUGGAAAGUAAAUCAGUUUUCUUCUGCGCUCCUGUGCUUUGCCGCCCCCUGCAGGCACUCGGCGGUACUGCAGCAAUCAGCCACAAUAGACAGUAGGAGUGGACAAGCGAGCCUGAGUCGAUCAGGCGGUCUGUCUUCACGAGGAUCGUUCUUACAGAAGGUGAUAUCGUCCACCGCUUUCCCAGGACCACCGCCUUUGCUUCUCGGAGCUGAAACAGAAAGAGGAGCAGCAUGUAUUGAUCUGUUUGGCUGCGGUGCUUGUCCCGAGGAGCGGAUCCUCCAUGCGUCAGCCCUGGGAAUGGAUCAGGAAUCCGGUGCGGCGUCUGCGGGCAGUUUCAUCUCCCUGAAUGAACAUGAGCAGAGGUAUUACUCAGGUCUCCACGGUCUGUGCCAGACUGACACUUCAGGAAAGCUGUCGUCCAGCAAAGUGGCAGAGCUGUUCAAGGCGUCUCAGCUACCUCCUGAGUCCCUGCAUAAAGUGACUGAGGUGUGUGGAGCAAAGCAUCUGGGUUACUUUGGAACAGCUCAGUUCUAUGUGGCCCUGAAGCUGCUAGCAGCCGCCCAGUCUGGUCUGCCCAUACGCCUGGAGAGUGUAACCGCCAAUCUACCUCUUCCCAGAUUUGUUGGGCUGAAAAAUGAGCCAGAGAUGCGAUACGUCACCGUUCCUCCUGCCACAGACGCUCAGGGGGCUCAGUGUGGGUCUGCAGCUGGUACCUGGACCCCAGCAGACAGGAGCAGCUUCAGACACCUGGAGGCCAGUGCAGACAGGAAGAAAGAGCCGUGGUCGCCACCUCGAUCCCCAUGUAGCUCACCUCCUCGCUCUCCGCUGGCCUACCGCAGCUACCUGUACACCAAGCAGAGAAACGGGGUUGACACACACAUCACCUAUGAAAGCAAACACUCCUCUCGACCGGUCGUUCAGCUGGAGCAGCACUCCUCACCCAGCCACUACGGGAGCAAACCCACGAUGGAGCAUCCAGCUAUGGUUCGGGCUUCCUCAGUCGAGAGGCUCGAACAGCAGAGUACUGCUGUGGACUAUUCUGAUGAUGACCCCUGGAGGAUCACAGAGGAACAGCUGGAGUAUUACACAAAUCAAUUUAAAAGCCUUCAACCUGACCUGGGGGCUCUGAUCCUGGGAGCUGUAGCAAAGAACUUCUUCACUAAAUCCAAGCUACCAAUACCAGAGCUCUCCCACAUUUGGGAGCUGAGUGAUGUGGAUAGAGAUGGAGCGCUCACCUUUUCUGAGUUCUGCAUAGCCUUUCACUUGAUUGUAGCACGCAAAAAUGGUUACCCUCUCCCAGAAAGCCUUCCUCCAACCCUGCAGCCGGGGUUCAUGCAGCAUGAAGAGGGCAUACCUGAUACUCCUGAAAGUGCAGAGGCUUUAAUUGUGUUUGAUGAUGCAGAACCAAGGCCCAGUCAGAUGGAUCAAAGCAUCAUAGAAAGGCUUCCACCCAGCUUUGCCACAGUACAGCAAGAUUUAAAAGAAGAAUCCAGCAAACAAGUUUACAGAAACAAAAUGUUGGAUAAAGAAGCAGCAGUUCAACAUGCUGGUGUGAAAUGUUUGGCCAUAUCUCAAGAGAAACGAGCUCUACAUCUGGGACCUUUUCCUGAGAGACCAGAGCCACCUCAGGAUUUGGAUCCACAGAUAAAGACUAAGACCAGACCAAGGUCCUACUCCAGCACUUCUAUUGAAGAGGCCAUGAAGAAGGCAGAGGAGCCCCCCACACCUCCGCCUCGACCUCAGAAAACCCACUCCAGGGCCUCCUCGCUGGACCUUAACAAGCUCUUUCAGCAGGGCGCUCCAGGAGUAAAAAGUGGAUGGCUGCUGCCUCCUCCAGCCCUCCCUCCAAGACCACUGACUUCACAGGUGUCUCCUUUUAUCAGCGUUUCAGAGAAAACAGCCCAUAACAAAGUCCAGCAGCCGAACUUUGCAGACUUCAGCCACUUCAGGGAAGAGGAGGAGAGCAGUGUGAAACCUGAAGAACAGGGAACAUACUCUAGAUUUGGACCAAGUUCUGAGGAUUUGACAAAUACUUCAGAGCAGGACCUCUCUGCCACUUCUCACACUCAGCCACCGCAGAAGCCAGUUCGUAGAAAAUACCAUCCUGAGAGCCAAAACCUGGAGACUGUUCCUCAGCCUGCCAUGCCAUUCCCUCCCCCAGCCAAACCUAGCCAAAAGCUGCUGUCCAGACAGAAAAGGGAAAUCCAGAUGGCAAUCCGGAAGAACAAGGAAACCAACGCAGUGCUGACACGCCUCAAUAGUGAGCUCCAGCAGCAACUUAAGGUGGUUCACCAGGAGAGAGUCACCUUGGAGUCCCAGCUGGAGCUCCUGCGGCCUCUGGCCUCGACGUGACCAAGCCUGGGGGUUGGAUCAGGGUCACGUUGCCAGGUCUUCACCACAGCACACCAGUUUAUCUGCUGGAGCCAGGAAGCAGAAAGUUGUUUUGUCAUGAGCGUCUAGUCAAAUGUUAAAGGGCUGUUGAUGGAAGCAAAGGUGCAUUGUUGACUCGACAAACAGGGAUGCAAUUCUUCCUUAAUCAGGAACUCUUGUUCCAUGUCUGUAUGUUACUUUUGGAGGAAUAGAACCACAUAUUUUUGAAAAAUUACUAAUUUUUUUCGUUGUGAUGUUUUAACUUAUUUCUCAUAUUUUAGAUUUCCUGUUAGUUUCACUGUAUGAAUCCUAAAUUGUUUACAGUGCUUGUGAUUGUUUGCACACAUUGACAUGAAUCUGGUGAAUGUUUAUGUUCUGUGGCAAUCACAGGAACUAAAAACCUCUCAGUCUUUUUAUGUACAGUGCAUUUUUUUAAUGUGUUUCCACACCCAUGGUCUAAAUCAAGUGAUGGUGCUACAGAUUUCUUAACCAAUCAUAUUCUGUUUGCACCUAAAGAAAAUCAAAAAUGCACAUCUGCAACGUUGGGAUUAAUGUUUGUCAAAUCUAUCAUAGACAGAUUAAUCUGAACUGGCUUCGUAUUUAGCUAUACUGAAGAAUGCUGAUACUUUUGACUCAAGAUUUAAAUGCAACGUGUUAAUUUUUGCCCAUUAAGUUGCUCCAUCUUUAAUUUAGAUGUGUUUGAAACAAAGUUUUUUAAUCCAUCAAUGUCCUGACCUGCAGCCCUACUGUUAAUGAUUUAACUGAUAUUGUAGUUUGGGGGAAAGAAGGUAUAAACAAAAAAGAAAAGAGCACAAUAUCCCAUGAUGCGCUGGAUAGAUGUGGAUUUGAGACUUGGUGCCACUUUAGUUUGCUCUAAACCUUUUGUUCCACACAGCUGAUGGGAUUGAAGUGAUGAACUCGUGAUGGCAUGUCUGAUUCUGCAUGUUUGCUGAAAUGUUGUGAGCUAUACUGUUAAUUAAACUAAAAUCAUGUCCAACUAAGCUCUGAGCUUAAGAUGCAAAUCAAAACAGUCAAUAAAGUUCUCUAUUUUUA